AUGGCUAAUUUCGAUGCUGAUGAACACAAGCGCCACCUCGCCUUCAUAGACACCAUCCCUAAUUUCGGCCAGCCCAAAAACGACGCUGAAUCUCAAGAAAUAAGAACCGCACCCCUAUUCACCACAAAAGUACGUGCAGCUAUUAAGAACCGCGAAGUUGGACCAGAGCGACUUGGUGAGCCAGCGGAUAUUUUUCCUCAAUAUGGCCUGCUUGGUCUGCGCCAAGGCACAUACAACCGUGAAGGGCAUAGAACUGCGACUAUCAACACCGAAGAGAACAUGGUUUAUGCUAACAUGAAUGCACCUUGGUCUGCAUUUAUCUGCGGCUCGCAAGGAGGCGGCAAAAGCCAUACACUAUCUUGUCUCCUUGAGAACUGCCUUCUGUCGCCCUCUCCUGUGGGCGUACUGCCUAACCCGCUGGCGGGUCUCGUCUUUCACUACGACAAAUUCACAAGUGCCGCUACCACGCAGCUCUGCGAAGCAGCAUAUCUCUGUUCAUCUGGGGUACCAGUCCGGGUGCUCGUUUCCCCUAGCAAUUACCACAAUAUGUCGAGACUCUACUCGAACCUUCCUGGGCUCCCACCGCACGGAAGACGUCCUAAAGUAGCACCAUUAUACCUACAAGAGCAACAACUCAAUAUCUCCAACAUGUUGACUCUGAUGGCCGUCUCGGAUGGAUCGAAGUCUGCGCCUCUGUACCUCGAGGUUCUCUUUCAGAUACUUCGUGACAUGGCUAUAGAGAGACAAGGAAGACCAGGAGUUGAUUACCGCGAAUUCAAAGCCCGCCUCGACGACGCUGCGUUCACACGAGACCAGAACGGCCCUCUGAAGCUCCGCUUGCAGUUGCUCGAAUCAUUCCUUGACCCAAAGGCAAACAGAGACCAUGCACUUAGCUCGAAUCCAUCGUCCAACAUCUGGAACUUUGAGCCGGGAUCCCUUACUAUUGUGGAUCUCAGUGACCCCUUUUCGAGGCAAGGAGGCAGAAUUGUUGCGCUAGAUGAAGCUCACAAGUUCCUUACUCAAUCAGGAGAGGCUUUGAAUUUCACCGAAGAUCUUGUCUCCAUUAUUCGUCAGCAACGCCAUUUAGCAACUCGUGUUCUUAUUGCUACGCAAGAACCCACUCUUUCACCAGCACUGAUCGACUUGUGCAAUGUCACCGUGGUCCAUCGUUUUCUCUCUCCGGCUUGGUUCGAAACGCUCAAAAAGCACUUGGCCGGUGCUCGUUCUACUGGCAGCAAUGACUCAAGCUCGGUGUCAGAUAUCUUUCGGACAAUCGUUGGUCUGCAGACUGGAGAAGCACUUUUAUUUUCUCCAACAGCACUACUUGAUAUUGGUGUGCAAGAUCUGACAAGGCCGUUCGCAAGACGUCCUCUCGAAAAGUUAACAGAUUCGUACAUUAAGCUCCGCAUUCGUAAGAGAGUCACAACAGAUGGUGGCAAAAGCAUAAUGGCCUCUGAUGCUAUGCCAGCUCCUAUGCUUCACCCAAAGUCAGAUUCUGGUGAUAGCACCAAUAACUCAUCUCAAAAUUCGGAUUCCGAGGUAGAAGUUGUCUCCCUACCAUCUUCUCGGUUUGGUCGUGUCGCCGAUCCGAAGUCACGAGAUCGACCAAAGGGACAUGUCCAGUCCCAGCAAUCAGCGCCUCAACCACUGAAGCAUUUACCUCAGCCUGGUCAAGCUCAAUCCCAGCAGUCGAAGCACAACCCGCAAGCUAUUCAACCUCAGCCCAAGCAUACUACACAGCCUGUUCACUCUCAACCUCAGCAGCUCAACCUCAGCAGCAAGCACAAUUCACUGCCUGCUCAACCUCAGCAGCCGAAGCACAAUUCACUGCCUGCUCAACCUCAACCUCAAUCUCAGCAACCAAAGCAUCAAUCGCAGCCAACUCAACCCCAAUCUCAGCAAAGUCCAAUCCCGCAGUCGCAAUCGAGUAAGAAAGUGAAGAAAGUUCUCCAGCAGGCAACCCCUCCCGCUCAAUCGCAGCCUCAACAAGGACCGCAGCAGUUUACCAAGAAACAAAAGAAAGCUUUGAAACAGAUGGCUGCGGCUUCAGGCUAG